UAUUAGUGUGUCAACUUUUGAAUUUACAUUUUUGAGGAUGAUUGUGAGAGUGAAUUUAAUUUGUAUCUUCAGAAACCGAAAUAUUUGUGUGGACUAGCGAAGAAAACUAGAACCAAAAAAGGUUAUUUUCUGCAUAAACCACACAUGAUCGGAUAAAAUUAUUCUUCGUUAUAACUUUUCAACCGAUUAAAAUUUGGUUUAAUCAUAAGAACAAAAAGAAAAGUUGAGAUAUUAAACAACUUUGAAUAACAAAUAAUAAUCAGAAAGACCAAGUACGUUUACUUCUAAAAACACUCCAAAGAUCAAUGAAUUUCUGAUGAGCUUCGUGUUUCUGGAAUGUUGCUGGACCGGGUCAAUAGUACUGGGCCAAUUUAAGACAUUAUAAUGUCGACGCCUGCGUUACGUUUUUGUCGUUACUAAAUUAAGCAAAACAAUGCCUUAAAUGUUUCUGGUCGACAACCGUUUUGUUGACCGUUAACAAGAAAACUUGUUAACUGAAAACUUGUUAACACGAUGACCAUUUGCACCUGUUUCCAUGUGCAUAUGACUGCCUCGGUCUACACGAUAGAAAGUUUUAUUUUCAAUCAACCAUAUCCAUACACGUAGUCAACCAUGUACUUAUCUUUGUUAUUAUUGUGAAAACAGAUUAACAGUAUAAUAAUAAGCCGACAAAAGAAGUGAAGCUCCUAGCGCCCACCGGUUUAUCUCGUGUUGCUGCAAGUGUCAAAAACAAGUGGCCGGUCUCCAUAAUUUAUCACAGUAUGUUUCUCCUUUUCGUGUCCUAAUCCGAUUUAAAAGGAAGAAAAUCGUGUGUUUUGACCUAAUAAAUACUUAAUAAAUUACAAUUAAAAACGAGGUCAAAAUAUCUAACACACGAUUUUCCCACGUCUUUCGUCUUUAUUUAUUUAAAUUACCACAACUUGACACACGCCUAUAUAUAUAUAGUCUUUUUCUCCCUCAUUUCUCAUUCAAUUUCCAAUUUAAACAGACAAAAAUAUAUAAAAUAUAACUUACUUUUCUAAUCUAUCAUGGAGAAGAUUGCUCAACCUCAGUCAUCUUUCAUGAAACUUUGCCGGAAACUCUCACCGAAGAGGAAAGACUCAGCCGCAGAGAGUCAACAUAUCAAGAAUGGUGAUCAUGACAAGAACAGACACAUAGAGGCUGUCUUUGCUUACAUGGACGCAAACAAAGACGGUAGAAUCUCUCCAGACGAGCUUCAAAAGAGUUUCAUGACACUAGGAGAGCAACUAUCUGACGAAGAAGCCGAAGCUGCGGUUAGAUUGUCUGAUACAGACGGAGAUGGGAUGUUGGAUUUUGAGGAGUUUGCUCAGUUAAUCAAAGGAGAUGAUAAAUGUUCAGAGGAAGAGAAGAAGAUGGAGCUUAAGGAAGCGUUCAAAAUGUAUAUAGCAGAAGGUGAAGAGUGUAUUACUCCUAGAAGCUUGAAGAUGAUGCUAAAGAAGCUAGGAGAAUCAAGAACGACUGAUGAUUGUAGAGUUAUGAUUCGUGCUUUUGAUCUCAAUGAUGAUGGUGUCUUAAGCUUCGAUGAGUUUGCUCUUAUGAUGCGCUAAGAGUUGUGUUCUCUAUUCUUCUUGUAGCUUACACUGUUUUUUUAUCAUUAUGUUUGAUUGGUGUAUAUAAUUAAUAGCUUGGUAGGCAAUAAACAUCAUUUGUUGUUUGAUUAAUGUUAAACUUGGUUAUAUUAUUCAAAAAUGAGAGGAAAUUUAGCAGGAGCAUCUCGAGUCCAUUGAGAUUUGACCAUGUCAUGUUCUUUGGUAAAGCACACAUUCCAAGGCAGAAGCUGAGCAUGUGGCAAUCAGUAAUAGGACAACUAGAUUCAAGAUGAGUUUUAGUCGGAUCUCACAAAACGGUAACAAUGGAGGAAUCUAAUAAGAUCCCAUUUCUAUUAAAUUUCUAUCAUAUUCCUACUAAAUAAUGGUUUUACUAGUCCAUUUCAAAACGAAUCUAUCUUUUGUGUCUAGACCGCGCGAUAACACACUUUUCCCCCUUUAACACCUCUUCUAUUAGAGAGGCGGAAGCAAGAUAAAGAGAACACACGAGAUACCAAUGAUUCGUGUCUAAUCGAGUUUGAUCUAAAGGAGGAAUCUCAACGUUUAGAUCGGUAGAUAGUUGGGAACCCGUACUUAGAAAGCUCCUUAUAGGCUGAGAAUACUCUUCCCGUACUAUGAAAACUCGUUUAAACUACAAAAUCUUGAUAUCCAAAAUUAAAAUUAUCUUUACAAAACGCUAAAACAACAUAUUUUAUACUAUACGAAAGAGAUAAUAGUUUAUUCUCCUAAUCCUAAUCUAUAAGGAUUUGUAUUUCUUUAAAAUUAAAGAAAGUAAAUGUAACAAUUAAAUUUCUGUUAAGCUUCCUUGUUGUAAUUUGUAAAAAGUCCAUAACCACACGAUGCGCUGCAUCAGUCUCUUUGCUCAUGUUUUGAAGUUAGUAGAGGCUGUAGAGCGGUUUUCAUCUAAAGGCUCAAUCAUGGAUAUAUAAAACAAUAUAUUCAUCAUGUAACGAAUUGGCAUGAAGCUUAGGUUAUAGAAACUGAUAAAGAAAGGCACUGAUUAGUAGAUGAAGCUUCUAAACUAAGAAGUUGAUUUCACAUAUAAAGAUGAAGCUUUAAAGGAAAAUGGCUACAGUGAGAUCAAUAAAACACCAAACUAAAGUAUAUUGAGGAGACAGCCAAGGCAAAAGAAAAUACAUCAGGCUCAUUGUUGUUACACUUAGAAAAACAAGUGGCACGUCAGAUGUUAUAUUUACCUAAAUUACCCUUUGUUUAUCAUAUGUCCUCCUAAUAUAAAAGAAGAAAAAGCGUGUUUUAAACAUGAGGAUGGGACUUGUAGCUAAUAUAUUAAUCUUUCUUUGCUAUAGAUUAAACGACUAAUUAUACGUUUCCUUCUCGAUCUAAAGACUAAAAAUGUUUUCUUCUAGAUCUACAGACUAAUGUAACCAUUCACUAUAAUAUUUUAGUUAUAAUAACUUUUUUUUUCCUUUUUGGCUUUUUCUUAAACAUAGAUAACAGGAUGUCAGGAUGUGUGUUAACAACAGACAAAGCAAAAACAUUGAUAUUUAAAAACAGCAAACACAAAAUGGGCCCAACUGUUUCAAUCCUACUAAACAUCAGCCCGUUUAUCUAAUUUGGGCUUUUAUCAACCAGUCUGGCCUCUCUUUCUCUGACACCAUACUUGCAAUUAGCAAAUCAAAAGUUUCUUGUGAAGUUACUAAGACCAUCUUUAACGGUGAUCUUUAAUGGGGUCCUUAACCUAAUUUGGUGAUUUAAUUAAAUGAAAACAAAAUUAAAAAGGGAAAGUCGAUCCUUAAUGGGUAGUUUUUGUUACCGAUUAUUAGGGUGGUUUUUAGACCACGUGUCCGCCCCACAAUUUUUCUAUUUUUCUAUUUUUCUUUUUUAUUUUUCUUUUUUUUUUUGUUUUCUCACCGUUUUGUGUUCUUGUUUUCUCUGGAGAACGAUCCAAACCGACGACGGACGCGACUCCAUCAGUCCACUUGACCUCUCCUCCAUCUUCUUGACGAGAAGAUCGAUCGGUACCCACCAGGAACGACGACCCUCUCGAUAAUCACCGCGUGUAUUGAAACCCACCACAGAGAACGACGACGCUCUCGAUCGGUGUCGUUGAACGCUCUCGAUCGGUACCCACCAGGGACGACGACGCUCUCGAUCCUCACCGCUCUCGAUCCACAGAUGAAGACUCUCGUUCCUCACCGUCGCGAUCGUCCGAAGAAGGAUCGAAAUCCACGACUUGCGUCUCCUCCGUCGGUCGUAAUGGCGACUCCUCCGUCAGACGAGUGUGGCGGUCCUGUUAGAGCCGUUAGAAGAAGGACCGAAACCCACCACAAUCGACGAGUCUCUCAGUCCUCACCGCCUCUCCUCCUUCGGUUCUCGUCUUCUCCGAGUGAAGAAUGAUGCUAACCCACCACAAACGACGGCGUCUCUUCCAUCGGUAUCAAUGCCUUCGAUUUGUUAUACGUAGUGAAUGCUUGUUUAGUUUAGUGAAUGCUUGUGAUGAAUGCUUGGUGUAGUGUGUCAUUAGGAUGUGGUUAGGCAAUAAAUAUGUAGUUACAUGUCUACUGAGCUCAACUCUACCCAAAUCAAAGACGAAGUUAAUAACAGAGAUGCUGGAAGAUUAGUGUGAACUUGUCUUAGGCAUGUUUAAAUCGAGUCUUUGGUUGGCUUAGGCAUGUUUAAAUCGAGUCAUUGGUUGUCUUAGCGAUGUUAUAUAUUUCCUAUUCGGUCUAUGUAUCAUUGCUGUCUUUCCUCACUAUCUAUGUUUCAUGUUCUUGUAUGUUUCAAUGUUUCUGUGAAAUGUGAUAUUUCUAUACAUCAAGCUCUCAAAUGUUAUUCCAAAUUAUUCGUCCUCUCUAUCUCUUUUCCUCUCUAUCUCUUUUCUUUCGAGUACUCUCUCUCUGUAAUGGAUGAGUUUUAAUUGUUUAAGAAGCUUUGUUUAGGUUGUUCUGUCUCUUGAUUCUGUAAUGGAGUUAAUAUUCUGUUAUGUUUAUGUUGUGUCUUCUUCUUGUUGUUGUUCUGAUAUAUUUAUGUUUAUUGACUAAACCAAAGUCAUCCAUUUUCUC